AUGCUGAGGUUUUCCAAGCAGCACACGGCGCCAACUGAAGGGUGGCAAUGCGUGCAGACUGAGCGCUUUUGCAGGCUGGCUGUUCCGCCAGAAGCCUUAUCAAAAAUGCACAAGAUGCACGAGCUGCUGAAGGCUCAGCAGGGCGAGGCAAGAUAUAAACUCGAAGACACUUCCGAUUCCACCAUGGACCUGAUGUGGAGUUCGAACUGCUGGCACGUCUUCUCAGAAUUACCUGGGAAGUCUGAGGCACCAUACAGCCAGAGGUCAUGGCAAGUCCGACCACAGGGCGUUUGUGGGGAGUCUGUGCUGAGCGGCUUCGGUGUUGGAGCCGUGAACAUGAAAGGUGUGAAGGGCUACGGAGACAUGUCGGUUGGUCAGGACUUCUGCAGCAUCUCUGUAUUGCCAUCUGGUUGGCAUGUGUAUUGCCUUUUUGAUGGUCAUGGCAGCAACGGGCAUUGGCCUGCAGAACGCGCAUCUCGUACGCUGCCUUACCUUUUAGAGGCCACCCAGGCUUGCAGCACGAUGCUCAGGCAAGACCGUGUGGAGGCAGCCCUUUACCAUGCUUUCGAGAAGGUUCAAAUGGACCUGGUCCGACAGUCUAUACAACGAGAUUUCGAGUUACAGGUAUGCGGAAGUACAGCCGUGUGCGUGAUGCAACACCCUCGGCAUGAUAAAAUCUGGGCUGCAACCUUAGGGGAUUCGAGAGCCGUACUGCUUGUCCCAGGCAAGGGAGCCGUUGCUCAAACCAAUGACCACAAGCCCUCGGUGGAGACAGAACAAUCCCGGGUUGAGAGUCUCGGUGUUGAGAUACAAAGACAAGUUCACGAAGAUGGGUUUGUUGAGGAACGACUCUUCAUUGUGGGAGAAGAUUUUCCAGGCCUAUGCAUGACACGGUCCUUGGGCGAUUUGUGCGUCAAAGACCAUGGAGUUAUCGCGGAGCCAGAGGUCAUUUGUUGGAACAUCAGCAACUACCCAGACAGUUACGUGCUGAUUGCCAGUGAUGGUAUUUGGGACUGCUUCACGUCCGAUGAAGUUGGUGAUUUGGUCUUGGAUUCGAUCUCCGCAGGUGAUUCCCUGGAGUUGGCGACGAGCAAAGUCUUGGAGACAGCGAAGGAGCGAUGGCGCGACUAUGAGGCCACGAAGAUGCCUGGGUACAUGCAAGACGAGAAGGAUGUUGCUCUGCAGGCUCACGUUGCACCCGUCUUGGGUGGUCUGGCGGCGCUGAAGGUCAAGCAUCGCCUGCAAGCACUUCAUCAGGAAGCAAAGAAGAGACAGCCUGCACUUCCAAGUGUUGGUCCUUCGAAUCUAUCGGUUACAAAUGCCCCGCCGGCUGAGAAGGUGCCUGAAAUCUCAGCAGCGGCGCCGAGCCAGAACCAAGCUACCAACAGCAUGGCAGCCUUGGUAUCGGCUGCAAGGACUACGCUUCCCAAGUUUUUAUCGGGAGCAUGUGGACUGGAAGAGGAAGCAGAGAUCAAAGCUCUACUCGGAGAGGUAGACAAGGACCUCCUAGACCUUAUCAAGGAGGUGAACCGCGUCCUCACAUGGUUGUUCAAUGAUUCGGACACAGACUUCGACAAUCGAAUCACUUACAGCCAGCUGAAGGCCAUGUUCCAUCGUGCUGGGGCACCCCUUGGAGCCGGUCUUGCGCUUGAGGUCGAUGCCAGCACGACUUCGGCAGAAAAGGAUGAUCUAUGCAGCAGGCUUCGAUUCCUUGAGGUCUUCACCUUGGUGUGCAUACGCGUCAAUCAAAGUCCCAUUUUAACAUCCAGACUACAAGACGCCAAAAGAGAUAUGUCUCGUGGUCUGAAGAGAGGCAACACCAGUGGCAGCGGUCUUGUUGGAAGUUCGGGCGACUUGGAGCGAGCUGAGACAAAAGUCUCCAUUCUUGCUGGUGUCCCGCGCAUGAACACGCAGGCUGACGCGCAGGAGAAGUGGGCGUCCACAGUGAGGCGCUUGAGUGCCGUGUUGAUUGGAGGGCGCCGGGCCUCCACGGAACGUGUCGCUGAGCCAGAGCCUGACCCUCCGCUGCUGGACUCAUUGCCCAGCUUGCGUGGUCAGCUGAGCUUGGGCCUCUGCGGUGGCGCUUUUGGGGGCGGCCAGUGCCGAGUCGGGCGUGAAGACAUUUGUGGAUGGCCAGCGCGGGGGACUGGGUGCCGCAUCAAGACGGCCUACAAGAGGUUGGGGGAACUUCCCGACCAGGCAGCAAUUGAAGGGCGACAGCCAGGUCCGCAGCGAGUGGUUUCAAAGGCCUACACCUGCAGACUGCCCCACGGAGGUGCUCUUGUUGGCAAGGAAGAUUCGAUCCUCCUUACAAGCCUGAGCCCGGAGGAAAGGAUUAAGGCAGCUUACGCUCGUGGCCGCGAGGCAGCUCAGAUCCUGCGCGGCGAGCUCAGUUGCUGGGAUAGACAGCCGCCGGACCUGCUACAUUUGGCCUGCGACUCCUCGGAAGAGCCCUUCUACACCACCUCUUUGCACAAGUACUUUGACUCAGUGAAAACUGGUCCAGGUGGCUCUUGGGAUCCGGCUUCAGUUUCGCACGGCUUUGCCUCUAUCUCCAAGGGCGAGGCCUUCUGCCGCGGUGCAGGCCUGAGUGGUCUGCCUCGCAAGGCAGAUCUACCUGGAGGAAUGGCGGACCGCCGAGAGUCCGGAAGGAUACUCCAAGCUGUACUUUGUCUUCGAAGAGCUCUGCUCCCAAUGCUUCAUUGUCAGGGCGGUGGAAGGCGGCGUGAUGAUCAUGCCUGCCUCAGGGCGCCAUCCAACCUGCCACCUUGGAAGCCGCUGCCGACUGGACACGAUGGAGCGCUCGGACCCUGGAAGCUGGUGAGCGUAGCUGCUAUCGUGCGCGGCCGGGCUUUGGAGGACUACCUAAGUCACCUUCGUGGGCGUCUGGAGCACUACCUCACAAUCGAGGACGACGAGGCCGAUGCCCCUGGUGGUCCAGAGCUCCUCCUGUUCCCGGUGGCGAAGACGUCCUUCAGCAACUCCGGGGCUACUUCUUCGAACGCAGCGGUCCUGGCUGGACUACAGAACAGGCUGGCCAAUUUGGACAAGUUCGAGGAAAGGUUGGUCCCCCUCGAGCAGCACCCGCCUCCAAGUCGGGACCUUGGCAAUGGAAGCGCUCAAGCCCCUGCUUGGGCUCCCCAGCUGUUCGCCGAGGGCGAGUCGGCGCAACUUCGACCGGAACAGGUGACUCGGAACUCGUCGGCUCCGCUGAAGGCCACCGCGAAGGCAAAGUCGAUGGCCAAGUUGUUCGAGCACAUGGGCGACGCGGAUGCAGAGGAGGCCGCCAAAAACGUGGCCGCCGCGGGGACGUUCUUCAGCAGCUACUGGUGCAGCAAACGGCAAAUCGUGCGGGAGCACUUCCAGAAGCAGCCUCUGACGGAGACUGUGGUCCUGGGUUUCUUCAAGACUUUGACCUACCUGGCCUUUCUCCUCUGCACGGCCUGGGAAGCCCUGGAGCAGAACAAAGGAGACGAAGUGGCAUCGCUCAUCGCCAAGGGCCUGUGGCAAACGAGUCCGGGCAGACUCGUCUAG